UACGAUAGACAGGCAGGUGUGUAUAUAGCCGAUUUAUUGACGUAAAAAGACUCAUUGGUCGGAACCAUUGUGCACGCGCUAUUUGUGAUAAGGGCAAUCAGUGCAGCGGGUGAUUCGCUAUACAAUCGGGUUGGCAAAUUCCUGCGCGAUGGACGUGAUACAGUUUGUCAAAUUACUUUCGCUGCUCUGUGCACUGGCCGGGCUAGCUAACAGUGUUGAGCGCAGGAAGGUAAUCGUCAGUGUAGAUGCGGGGGCGGACGAUGCGUGGGCGCUCUUUUAUCUGCUGCAGGCCGUGAAUGAGGUGGAUGUGCUGGCGAUUAGCUGCUCGCAUGGCAACACCAACGUGACGAAUGUGGCGACAAAUGUGCUGCGGGUGCUAGAAGCACUACAGCGUACCGAUAUUCCACUGUAUAUCGGUGCCAGCGAGUCGAUAUUACGACCAGACCGACGAACCGACUUCGGUACACCGUAUUUCGGAUUGGAUGGUUUCUCGGAUGUGCCGUUCGAGCGGGAACCUAGCCGCGCUCCGCUGCGGAAUGGCCAUACACUGGAACAGCUGUACGGGUUGAUCAUUCAGGUUGGUGCGGGGAGAGGGGACAGGAUUCAAACAUUCAGUUAAUUUAUCUCGGGUUUGUUGGCAUCUCCGGGGGUCGUGGGGGUUUGCACCGUUUUGCAGCAUCCAAAUGAGGUAACAUUUGUCAAUCUUGGCCCGCUGACCGACCUGGCGCUACUGUUGAAGGUCUAUCCGGAAGUGCGCCUGCUGCUAAAA